AUGGCCCGCGCUCUCGCCCUCGUCGCCGCCCUUCUUGCCGCGUCCGCCGUCGUGGCGCUCUCCGCGGAGUCACAGGCCCCGUCGUCCUCGCCGAAGCCGUCCAACUCCUCCCCGUCGUCCUCUGGUUCAUCGGCCUCCCAGUCGAAGGCUCCCAGCGCGUCCCCCGAGAAGUCCGAGAAGGCUCCCACGGGGUCGCCGACCGCCAAGUCCGCGGCGGCGACGCCCAAGGCCACCCCGGCCAAGGCCCCUUCCGCCAAGUCGGAGACGCCCACCGAGUCGCCCGCCGGCUCAGAGUCGCCACACGCCAGCGGGGCGGCAGGCAAGGCGCCGGCCAGCGCCCCCAAGGACUCUUCGUCGAGCCCGUCCUCCUCCCCUUCGGAGGAGGAGGCCUCACCGCCGGACAGCGGCGACAUGGAGGAAGACACGAGCCAGCCGGCCGGCGAGGCACCGUCCACGGAAGAAGCGUCCGGCCCUGCGGCUGACAGCCCGCCGGAGACAGCGGCUUCAGACUCGCCAGCAGAAUCGCCUGGCCCCGGCGCAGCUGACCAGAGCGGCAGCGCGGGCAUGAGCACCGGCGUCGCAGCAGCCGUGGUGGCCGCCGCCGCCGUGCUCUCAUUUUAG